AUGGGUAAAAAGUGUGGAAGGGGAAAAUUCCUUUACUACAAGGCAAUCCCGCAGUGGGGUUUGAGUCUCAAUAACCACUCUCCAUUUCCUUCCUGCAGCCGAGCAAAAGACGUAACAAUGCCAGCGAAGCUUCCAGUGAACUUCUUCUCCAUGAGGUCUCCAGUCAUUGAUCUUUUUCGGGGACAGUUAGACUAUGCAGAUCACCUUCGUCAGGAUUCAGAAAUCGUGCUGUAUUUCUUCUAUGCGCCGUGGUGUGGCCAGUCCAUUGCAGCGAGAGAAGAAGUAGAGCAUGUGGCCAGCAGGCUGUCAGACCAGGUGCUGUUUGUGGCUAUAAAUUGCUGGUGGAACCAGGGGAAAUGCAGGAAGCAGAAGCAUUUCUUUUAUUUUCCUGUGAUACACUUAUACCAUCGGAGUUUUGGACCAAUUGAAUACAAAGGCCCUAUGAGUGCUGUUUAUAUUGAAAAGUUUGUUCGCCGGGUGAUGACACCACUACUCUACAUCUCGUCUCGAUCAAAAUUACUAGAUUUCCUCUCAAAUUAUGAGCCAGGAGUUUUAGGAUAUUUUGAGUUCAAUGCUUCACCUCAGCCACCUGGUUAUUUAACGUUCUUCACAUCAGCAUUACAUUCAUUAAAGAAAGAUUACCUUGGAACAAUACGCUUUGGAGUGAUCACGGAUAAACGUGUUGCAGAGGAGGUCUCCUUGGUGCAUUCAGGCAGUGUGUAUUUGCACAGACGCGUCAACACAUCUCUUGUCUAUCCAAAUGACAUCAUGAACUACACUGCAGAGGACAUUUGCAAGUGGGCUCUAGAAAAUCGAGAGAUGUUGAUACGCUGGCUGAGACCACAUGGUGGAAAAAGUCUUCUUCUAAACAAUGAACUGAAGAAAGGACCAGCACUUCUCAUAUUUAUACCUUACAAUCCCUUAGCAGAAAUGCAUCCCCUUUUAGAUGAAAUUACCAAAGUGGCCUUGGAAUACCACAGCUGUAACAAAAGCCAGGCAGCUGAGCCGGAUCCUCAGCACUUAGGAGACACUGAUUCACCAGCUUUUGAUUCCUCUGUACCAGAUGCGCAUCUGAAAUUCUCAGAAACGUUUUCAAUAACCAAGUACCCAUGCUGUAACACGGUGGUGCUUCCACAGUGGCAUUCAAUAUCCAGAACUCACAACGUUUGUGAGCUUUGCAUUAACCAGACACUUGGUGUCAAACCAAAUAAAGUCCAUGUGCCACACUGUAACUUUUUAGAGAUAGAAGCAGCUUUGGACUCUUUCUACCUCCAGGAACACACCUUUUUUCAAGUUAUAUCAAAUACCAUAGAAUGCAGCAAUUUCUUAAGUUUCUAUAGUCCCUUUAGCUAUUACACUGCAUGUUGCAGGACGGUAAACAGGCAUUUUUUAAGUUUCAUGAGUUCUGAGGAGACCAUCUUUCAGACCCCCAAAGGAGCAUUUUCUUCCCAUGGGAAGAAAGAGAACACCCAACGUUCUGUUCCUCACAUUGAGGAUAGGAAUUGUUUUAUUCCCGACCUUCCUAUUAGUGGCACUAACAUUACUGGUCUGAGCUGCAGGACCAACAAAACCUUGAAUCUCUAUCUACUGGAUUCAAAUCUUUUUUGGAUAUACGCAGAGAGGCUCGGAGCACUGAGAUCUGCUCAUCUUAAGGAAUUUGCCGCCAUCGUUGACCUGAAAGAAGAAGUGCACUAUGUCCUGGAUCAAAACCAGUCCCUUGUUGGACCUGCCCUGGAGAACUUCAUCAAAAAUUUUAGUGUUCUCUACAGUCCCUUGAAGAGGCACCUUGUUGAUGGCCCUGCGGUCCGCGCUCGGGAGCAGCGUGUGAUCGCUGAAGUGACGACCAGCACCUUUCAGGACACCGUGUUCCUGAGUGACAAG